CUUUAUUUCACCUAGAAAUAAUAUUUCCAAGUUUUAUAAAGUGUUAGCCUUGGUUUGCUAAGGCUCAUGUUUUGAUGUUAACAAACAAUAUAAGAGCUUAACGUUUGUUUAAGUGUUUCAGGAAAACAAGAAUCCAUUAAGAUUCGGUACUCAAGAAUGAAGUCGAAACACUAAACUAGCGUAGAAUAUAGGUAGAAACCAAUGAUUAUCGUUGGAAGAUAAGAGAAAGUUAUCAAUGAACGCAAAGGCAAUCAACAUCCUCCAUUGCUCUCUCGGCCCCGAUGAAUUUGCACGAGUAUGCUCAUGCAAAACGGCCAAGGAGGUAUGGGACUUGCUACAAGCUACUCAUGAAGGCGACGUCUCAACUAAGCAAACGAUGAUUGCCCUUGGGAAUUCCGAAUACGAAUCUUUCAAGAAAGGGCCAUGCGAGACGAUCCAAGACAUGAACAAAAGGUUCAAUGAGAUCGUCAAUAAGUUAAGUCCUUCUCUGGAAUUCUUCAAAGACAUGGCAUCCCUCAAGAACAUCUCCACAAAUGAAGUCAUUCUCACUAGGAAGAGAAUCAGAAACAUCUAUGAAGUGAUAUGGGACGAUGUCAAGGAAGCAUGCCUAAUUAUCAGCAAAGGUGACACUAACCUUCUAUGCACUACUACAGAAAAGGAAUACACAGCGGAUAAAUUUGACAUUUCACAGCGGAAACGAACCGCUAUGCAAGAGAUAGAACAGAUGGAGGCUAGGCAUAACAAGCUGAUGGAAAAAUCUGAAGAAAAGCAUUGCUCAGAUCUCAAGGAGAUAAGCAAAUCUAUAGACAAAACUCUAGAGAUCAUUUCUCUAUUGAGUAAGUCUAUGAGCAAUACAAUGGAGGCUUAUGAAUCUGACUGCCAUCUUCAAUUCAAAGAAGUCACUAGAAUCAAGGAGCAGAUUGCCACAAUCACAGUAAACCUACAGAGGCAGAUGGCAUUCCUCCAGAUGGAUAUUAGGUCAGCCUUGGCAGUGUCUUCAGCAAACCAGGUGGUAACACAUGACUAUCUAAAGGUUAUUGCUGAAAAUCAGAAAGAAGCAUUCAAGCUCUUAAGACCCUUUGGCACCUACACUGGGAAACACAAGCUAGACGUCACUAUUCAACACAGAAGUCCAUCGCAAAUUCCACUGUUGCCAAUGGCAAUCAAACAAGGAGAACUCACAUACAUUCCAUCGCAUCUGUAUAUGACGGAUUUGAUACUUGAAGCCCAGCAGAGCAAUCCGGAGAACUCAAUACAACAUCUGUCAGACACUGGUCUUGAUGGAACAGAAGCUGUAGGAACCAUUGCCUCACACUUCUCAAAUGAUGCCCAAACAAAGGAGAGAUACAACAACCUCAAGCGCAUCAAAUAAGAGUGUGGAAUUAUGCAAGGCAUUGGUUAGACUGCUGGAUCAUCUAAGCGCAAGAAGCAGUGAAGGCUCUUUUCAUCAAACCAGGGGGAAGUAUGUGAAAACAUUAUUUUGUUUUGAUGAAAACCCCUUCUUGUUUAAACAUGAGUUUUGGUUUAAACAUUGCUUAAUACUUCUCUUAAUUAUGCUUGAUCAUAUUUAUUUUAAGUAUGAUUUCUGAGAUUUAUUAUUGAGCGCAUACAUUCAGGGGGAACUUAACUGUUUUUGGCUAACAAUUGUUUUUGGUAAUGAAUUAUUGAUGAACUC